AAGUCAAGCUGCUGCGUCCUCCAGACGCUAUGGAAUAUGCAGAGUCUCGUGUUCUCUGGACGCCCUCCGUUCCCUACUUACUCCCAGUACUCGCCCUGAACCGUUGUUUUCUUCCAUUUCCCUCGCCGUGAUUUCUCAUCUUCUCUUCUCCGAUGUCGACUUUCUUAACCAGCGUCGCUAAUCCUAAUCCGAACAAGUCAUUCGAGGUUGCUCAGCCUCCUAGUGACUCUGUUUCCAGUCUCAGUUUCAGUCCCAAGGCUAAUUUCCUCGCUGCGACCUCCUGGGAUAACCAGGUGCGCUGUUGGGAGAUAAUGCAAUCUGGAGGAAAUGUUGCUAGUAUGCCAAAGGCAUCAAUAUCACAUGAACAGCCGGUUUUGUGCUCCACUUGGAAAGAUGAUGGAAUGACUAUCUUUUCAGGUGGUUGUGACAAGCAAGUGAAGAUGUGGCCUCUAAUGUCAGGUGGCCAACCUAUGGUUGUAGCCAUGCAUGAUGCACCAAUCAAAGAAAUGGCUUGGAUCCCUGAGAUGAAUUUAUUAGUCACAGGGAGCUGGGAUAAGACUUUGAAGUAUUGGGAUACAAGGCAGCCAAACCCAGCGCAUACCCAACAACUUCCUGAGCGCUGCUAUGCAAUGGCAGUGAAGCAUCCUCUCAUGGUUGUUGGCACAGCUGAUAGAAACUUGAUUGUGUUCAACUUGCAAAAUCCUCAGACUGAGUACAAGAGAAUUGUUUCUCCCUUGAAGUAUCAGACAAGGUGUGUUGCUGCCUUUCCUGACCUGCAAGGCUUCUUGGUUGGAUCAAUAGAAGGACGGGUUGGGGUGCAUCAUUUGGAUGAUCAGCAACAAAACAAGAACUUUACUUUUAAAUGCCAUAGAGAUGGAAAUGAGAUAUAUUCAGUCAACUCUUUAAAUUUCCAUCCUGUGCAUCACACGUUUGCAACAGCUGGUUCUGAUGGUGCUUUUAAUUUCUGGGACAAGGAUAGUAAACAGAGACUGAAGGCUAUGUCCAGGUGCAGUCAGCCUAUUCCUUGCAGCACUUUCAACAAUGAUGGUUCAAUAUUUGCAUAUUCGGUGUGCUAUGACUGGAGCAAGGGAGCAGAGAAUCAUAAUCCCGCGACAGCAAAAACAUACAUUUUCCUCCAUCUAACACAGGAAUCAGAUGUUAAAAGCAAGCCAAGAAUCGGAACUAGUGGUAGAAAGUGAAACUGAUCAAAACAUGCAUUUUUGUAUCUUGAUCACGGAUGAUCGUAUUCUUAGCUUCCGCAAUGGUAGUGAUAUGCAAAAGAAUCCGUUUGCUGUUGGCAAGAGCAGCUAGGAGUAGGAAAAGAUGUGUUCCAGGUAGUUAAUUGAAUUGAAUAUUUGAUCAUCACCUGAUGUAUGUGGUAGUCAAAGAAGCUGUAUAUCCUGCAAAGUUUAUGUUUUGGCAUCGCAGAGGCUUAAACCCAUGAUCUUAACCCCAAAUCAAGGUUUUUAAAUUAAAAAAUACUAAUUCAGUUCAGCUCUUAGUAGUAUAUAUUCUGCUGAUUGCUGCAAAAGUAAGCAGUUAGUAAUAAUAUAAUAGAAUUAGAAGUUUUAAUGUAUUUUAUGUUGCACCUGCUCGACAGCGGAUGGACUAAACUGUUAGUACUGGGAAUCAGCAUGAAUAUAAUUAUGGAAGAUCA